GUUGACGUCCCUGUGCCGCAGAUUGUCGAGGAGGUCGUCCAUGUGCCAGUGACGCAGACCCAAGCUCGCCACCACCAUGUGCACGUCGAGCAGCAGGUGGAAAUUCCCGUGCAGAUGAUGCAGGAGCAGACCGUGCAUGUGCCCAAGGUGAUGGUGCAGAAGCGCCAGACGCAUCAGCACGUUGAGCAGCUGGUGGAGGUCCCGGUACCCAUGACACAGGAGGAGGUCGUGCACGUCCCCGAGAUCGUCACCCAGACCCGUGUGCAGCAACAGCAAGUGGAGCAGAUGGUUGAGGUGCCGAUCCCCAUGCAGCAGGAGGAGAUUGUGCAUGUGCCCGAGAUCGUGACGCAGCCCCGCAUCGUGCACCAGCCUGUUGAGCAGAUCGUUGAGGUGCCUGUCCCCAUGACGCAGGAGGAGCAGGUCCAUGUGCCGAAGAUCAUUACGCAGACCCGCAUCCGUCACCAGCCUGUGGAGCAGAUCGUUGAGGUCCCGGUUCCUAUGACUCAAGAGGAGCAGGUCCACGUACCCAAGAUCAUCACGCAGACCCGUGUCAUGCACCAGCACGUCGAGCAGGUGGUCGAGGUGCCCGUGCCGAUGACGCAAGAGGAGCAGGUGCACGUUCCGAAGAUCAUUACUCAGACUCGUCAGAUCCACCAGCAGGUCGAGCAGCAGGUGGAGGUGCCGGUUCCCAUGACCCAGGAGACUGUUGUCCACGUGCCGAAAGUCGUUACCCAGACCCGGGUGAUGCAUCAGCACGUGGAGCAGGUGGUGGAAGUGCCGAUGACACAGGUGCAG